AUGAUCGAGGAGAAGCUGACGUUAGCUCACCACAAAACCGAGAUGGUGUUGAUAAGCAACCGCAAGGCAGUGCAGCUGGGUUCGGUCGGAGCGUGUAUCAUAAACUCAACGCGGGAAGUUAGACAACUGGGAGUAAUGAUAAACGACCCACUAAGCUUUGAUAACUACAUCGACCACGCAUGCGGAAGAGCCGUAAAAGUGAUCUCGGCACUAUUUCGGAUCAUGACCAACAAUUGGGCGGCCAGCAGCAGUAAAAAGCGACUACUGGCAGGACCUGUAUGGGUAACGGCACUGCAGACGACGCGGAACACACCGAACUAUCUCGUCAGAGGCAGCCUACGUGCUGGAACGAUUCCCAUAAACCUUCUAUUCGAGUGUUAUAGGGGUCGUGGCACGAGAGGAGUCCGUAAACAAGCCCGAGCUGAUACCUUAAGAAAGUGCAACUUCAGGGAUAAAGCAGUAAACGGUAGAUGGACACAUCGACUAAGUCCAUACCUGUCGGUGUGGAUGAACUGA